AUGUCAAGAAUGACCGACAGAAUGACACCAAGCCUACAUCGAACACCCGCUAGGUUAGGUAAUAAUUCAGCUCAGUCUUCAGCAAAGCUCGCAACAACAUCCAACGAUCGAGCGAAACAAGGAAAUCUCUUGAGGGUUUGGCUCACCAGCCCAUGGGGCGACUAUCAGUCUAUAGCACCUAUAACGGCAAAGGGAUGCUUGUUGGCUUGUCGCAAGGGAGAUUACUUUGAAAAAGUGACAAUUGGAGUUUACGAAGGGGAUGAUACCCUUCAAUUCCUCCAAGCACUAUCUGUAAUUCAACAUGCGAACAUAUCUAAGAUUCUUGACAUCUACUGUGACGAAAACAAAAUAUUUAUUGCAUCAGAGUAUUUUGAACUUUCGUUAGUCGAUCUAGACUUUCAGAUGUUCGAAUUUGAUGAAUGGGAGAUUGCAACCAUCAUUACCGAGGUCCUGAAAGGUUCGGAGUACCUUCUCUGCCAAGGUGUCUCAUGUAAAGAAUUGUCGAUGUUGAAUAUUCGUCUAUCAAUAAAUGGAGAUGUUAAGAUUGGUGGGUUACAGAAUCUAUAUAUGAAAUAUCUCUAA